AUGGCGGACACAAAGGUCGCUCAAACGACGAGCGUGACCAUCGUGAUGAUGAGUCUCAUCACGCUGACAGUCGCGAUGAGGACCUUUGUACGAAGUGUACUGUUGCGGAGCUUGGGGUGGGACGACACACUGGUGAUCACCAGCUGGGUACUCACCAUGGCGCUUUGCAGUGCAAUCCUUGCCAUGACCGGCGUUGGGUUGGGUUCCCACUUCGAAGACGUCUCAAAAACAGACUUUGCACAGUUUCUCAGGUAUCAAGUCGUCACACAGCUCACUUACAUCUGGGCUUUCGUCACAGUCAAGAUGUCGUUUGCGGUGCUUUACCUGCGGCUGCUUCCCGACCAGAUCUAUCAACGCAUCAACAAGUUUCUCAUCAUUCUGCUACUUGCAGAGGGCAUCGAGGAGACAGCGGUGGUAAUCUUCAGAUGUACUCCUGUCGAGCGUGGUUGGACGCCAUCCGUACCCGGGACAUGCCUGGACUUGACCAUCUUUUACUACUCUGCUUUCGUCAUCAAAUUGUUGACUGACUUGGUACUCUUCAUUCAACCAAUUCCGACCAUUUGGAAGUUGCAACUGCGGAUUGCGAAACGGAUUGGUGUUAUUUUUAUGCUCUCUCUGGGGUUGCUUGUAUGUAUCAUCUCAGUCAUCAGAGUGAGCUACAUCGGUGCUUUCGACCAAGACGUUACUUUCUUGGUUGCUGAUCCCUUGCUCUGGUCCGAAGUCGAGGUCUGCGCCCUCAUCAUCUGCUCUGGCGUGCCGUCGCUGCGACCGUUGAUAUCACGAUUCCCCGCCCUCAACAAGGCUCUCGGUCUGUCCACGGGCAAGUACUCGAAAGUAUAUUACCCAAAUCAACGAACAACGAUAGGCGGUUCCAAGCCGACUAUGGGCCCAAAUGCGUACGCCCGCGCAACACAAGGCAAAGCCGGCGGGAAAUUGUCCGUGAGCUCGAGCUCUUACGGCCCUUCCACGACACGUAGCAACAUCGAAAGUAUGGAUAUCAUCCUGCCAUUGGAUCUCGACAGGCCGUCGUUGGUGCACAGCGUGGAAAUGGGUAUCAUCAAGGUGAAGAACGACACCCAGUCAUCACAAAUAUCGAACAUUCCACUGUCACAGUACGUGAUGGAGGACCCUUAUUUUCCCGCGGGACGGCCGAUGGCCAGGCGGAAAAGCCGGGGGAACAUCCAUAACGGAACGGGUUGGAUAGACGACGAUUGA